CUCACCCCAUGCCUCAAUUUCUCCCAUCACAAGGCUGCACAGGCUCGCGUCGACCUCGUAGCCUCGCGAAGACCUGAACCUCCGGCAACUCUCCAUUACACCACAACCUACUUCUGAAGCCUUCCCACCAUGGCUUCCGUAGCCGAACACACCCGCGAAGACCGCCCACACGUCUACUUCACCAGCGACCCGCGCAGCGACGCCCUCAUCGAGGAUGGCACGGCCGACGAGACCGAGACCCCGCGUGGCAGGCUGAAGCGCCGCAGGAUGUCCUCGCACUCCCCGCCGCGCGCGCCCUCCCCCUCGCGCGGGCACGAGCGCGCUUCCGGCUCGCGGCAUAGACAUCAUCACCGGAAGCACCACCGCGCGUCAUCAUCGUCGUCAAUCUCCCCUCCGCCGGCUAUGAAGAAGAACCGGAGGAGGAGCGACGCCGAGCCGGAUCACACGCUGAGGGGCCGCGCGAGGAGGAGCCGUAGCCCGAUUAUCGAGGGGGAGGAGAGAGAGGUUAGGAAGAGGAGUCAGCCGCCGAGUCGGCAUCGGGUGAGGGGCGAGGAGGAUGGGGAUGAGGGGGCGUUGAGGCGGCAGAGGAGUUUUCCGAAUCUGUAUAGGGAGGCGGGGAAGGAAGAGAAGGUUAAGGAGGGGAAGAAGGUGGAUAGCGGGGCGGAGGAUAUGGAGGGCGUGAGGAAGGGGGAUGUGUAUGAGGAGGAGCGGCAGCAGGGGGAUGUUGCGCCUGCGGUGCAGAAAGUAUAGGCCGUCCUCUGCGUGUGCAUGGUGGCACUAAUGUUGGACUUGGGAUGGGAAUCGGAUUGCUCUGGGAGGGCGUUUGGGACUUAUACCCUUCGUAUUUGAUUUGAUUUGGAAGUGCGGCUGGUUUACGCACACACGGAAUCCUGGAACUGUACUGUACGGGGUAUGCAGAUACUGUCUUCGCAGAACGCUCACUAAACCGCGGACACAAACGCCAGAAUGGAGAUCCCUGACUCUCCAUUGCAUGCUCAUGCCAUGCACGCUUAUCCGAAACGAGUUCCAAGCACUCAUCCUCGCUUCUCGUCCGUCCUGUUCCUACCAAGACGAAAGAUGCGCCCAGCGGGAAUCCCU